CAAAUCACCAUCAUAUUCAUACCACCAUGAAUUCAAGCUCUACUCUGCAACUGAUCGCGGUGGUGACCGGAGCGAACAAAGGAAUAGGUUUAGAGACAGUGCGGCAGCUCGCAACCCAAGGCGUCACUGUCAUCCUCACGGCCAGAGAUCCCAAACUUGGCAACGAUGCUGUCAGCUCUCUUCAGCUAAGCAAUGUCCUCUUCCACCCGCUUGAUGUCAGGGAUGAUCACAGCGUCGCCGGCCUCGCCGACUUCAUCGGAGCAGAGUUUGGGAAACUUGAUAUCUUGGUGAAUAACGCUGGUGUUUCUGGUCUUAUUGUGGACGUGGAGGGAUUGAAAGCUCUAAAUAUUGAUCCGGAGUCUUGGUUAUCUGGAAAGGCAACGAAUGCAGUGAUGGAUACAGUGAUCAAGCAAAACCAUGAGAAUGCUGUGGCAUGCUUGGACACAAAUUACUAUGGUUGCAAGAGAGUCACACAAGCACUGCUCCCUUUCUUGAAGCUCUCAUCCUCUGCUUCAAUUGUUAAUGUCUCCUCUCUCAGAUCAGAACUCAAGAGGCUUCCUAAUGAGAAGACCAUAGGAGAAUUAGCAGACAUAGACAAUUUGAGUGAAGAGGUGAUUGAGAAUGUGCUUGACAGGUUCCUGGAAGACUUAGAGAAAGGGAAUAUGGAAUCUGGAGGUUGGCCAUUGAUGUUACCAUCAUACAGCAUGUCCAAAGUUGCAUUGAAUGCAUACACAAGGGUUCUGGCCAAGAAGCACUGAAUGCGCAUUAACUCGUGUUCAUUCGGGUAUGUAAAUACCGACAUCAAUUGGCAUACCGGAGUGUUGAAGGUCGAAGAUGGAGCUAAAGGCCCGGUGAUGCUUGCUUUGCUCCCGCCCGAUGGACCUUCGGGUUGCUACUUUGAUCAGAUUACCGUGGUCGAAGUUUUGAAGAUGUGA